AACAAUUCAGAGUGAGAGCUCUUUAGUUCCUCCCUCUCUGUCGCUUGAGCUUUGUAGGUUAAAGGUUAUACACGGUGCUCCACACGUGUUAUUGUUUUGCUAAGAUCAUUUGUAAUGCAUUGUGCAUAAAGUGCAGUAUCAUGGGGAAGAAUAAGAAGAACAAAACUGAAGAGUCCGGAAAACAAGUGGGCAAGGCCGGACAACAUUUAAGUGAUAAGAAGCACCAACGAGAUGGUAAACCCAAGAGAGCCAAACCAGACCACCUCGAGCACAUCCCUUUUAGGCUCCGUGAGAUAAUGAAAAACAAGCAGAGAAUGAAAACGGGAAACUUGAAGGUCAAAAAACUAAAAGACUCUGUCUCCCCUAAAGAUAAACCAGAGGAUUCCCAGAGUGGAGACAUACCUGUCCCACAUUUCAAGAGGGGAAAGACGGAAAGUGAGAAAGCAUAUGUUCGGCGCAUGGAGAAUGAGACGAAACACGUCCUCUUCCUCACCAAGAACCAAGUAGACAGAAAGCCUGAGCUGGAUGCAGACCAACAAGAGAAGCCAGCAGACACGGGCAAGUCUGAGAAAAAGAAGCAGCAUGAUACAAACAGAUUACAGAGGCUACAGCAGAGAAAGUUGGACAAACAAGUAGACAAGCUGGAAAAAGAGAUUUUUAUAGAUCAUGUUCCGUUCGGGGAAGUUUCGAUGGCCCCGCCGUCUUUCAGCGCAAAACCCAAGAAAGCUCCGAUCAGAUCUCAGAAGGCACCAAAGCAGCUGCUUCUCAACUCUCUCCUCGGCCACACGGCGGUCUCCACAAGCAAGCCCUCCAUGGCCAGACAGAGAAUCAUGGAGGAGGAGAGGGAGCGAGCAGUGCAGGCCUACCGUCUUCUUAAGAAACAGAGAAUGCAGGAGUUUAAGGACCGGACUGCCAAUCUGGAAAAACUCAAGAACCCUCAGUGAUGUUUCAUGUCGAAGAGUUUAUAAGACACUGACUUAAGUCUUCCGUGAAUCUCAGAUACUGAAACCGAUCGUAAGAUAUCCAUCAGCAGACGUGUUUGUGUUAUGUAACUCUAGAACUGCCAGUGGGGGAGCUUACCACAGUGUAGCUACAGUGACUGUCAGGGAAACAAGCUAAACUUUGCAUCCGCUGCCCACAGAAUUAGGUGUAACCGUGUCCCAUAUUUAGCUCAAAAGAGAACCGGACAUACACAUUUUUAAUUACAUUUAAAUGUCUAAAGAUAAAGAAGACAAACUGAUGAUACCUAAAUAAAUACAUCCUGUAAGGUGACUUCUCACCCCUGUGUCAGAUGUUCUCUGGCAAGUGUUAAGUGUAUUCACACUGUUUUAGUAUUCUGCAUCUUUAGGUUUCUACUAUAACGUCAUGUGUGGUGUGUUAUACCAUAACAUUAUCGAGGCAAAGAUAAACCUUCAGCUGUCUGCUCUGGUCCCACUAGAUGGCAGUCCUCCUGUAGAAAGCUGGUUUCAUAUGGUUUGUAUGGAGAGCUGUCAGAACAUGCAGACUGAAUUGUUUUGGACUUUUUGUAUUUCGAUGGCACAAAAUGUCUUAUUUUCUAUAUGCAUCCAUGGCUGUAGACUUUGUAAACCUUGUUUCCCUUUGUACCUCCCCAAGAGGCUGGAUUAAUAAAUCGCAUCAGCCUUUUUAAA